AUGCCACUAAGACGUACCCCACCGCCUGUAUCCUCACCGCGCAAUGCAUCUACAUCGCAGGCAACUGAAGAGAUGGCUCCGCCCAAUAUUACCAAUGCGGAGAUGACUCUCAUACACCAAAGUUCUGAGGUGAAGAUCGCGAGUGAAAUGAUACACUAUGAUUCUGAACCCGAUUUGCAACUAUUAAAAAUGAACAUUACAGACCGUAAAAAAAGGAAGUUUGAAGGGGAUGAUAUAAACAGUUUUAUGCCUACGAUAAAAAAAAUGUUCGAAUCACUGUCUAUCGAACAAAAUAAGCGCUUUCAGGAUCUUCUUGGAUCUGUAAACAGUUUGCGGGAACGGAAUGCCGAACUUACUAAGUCUGUUGAGGCUAUGUCCCUGAAGUAUGAUGAGUUUCUCUCUCGCAUAAAGUCCCUAGAAGAGGCCAGAAAAGAAGAUAAAAAGCAGAUCAUCUCAUUGGAACAGAAGAUUGAAAAUCUUGAACGCAAGACACGCUCGUCAUCUAUUGAAAUACGCAAUAUUCCUAAGACCAACAAGGAAACUAAAACGGAUCUAUGUCAAUUAAUUCAAGUAAUGGGUAAAUCAGUCAGCAUUGACAUCAAGGACUCGGACAUUAGGGACAUUUACAGAAUAACUGCAAAGGACUCCUCGAACCCCAUAAUCACAGAAUUUACCACAGUUAUUAUGAAGGAGAAAGUACUAUCGGCCGUGAAGAAUUUUAAUAAGUGUAGACAGAAGGGUGACAAAUUAAAUACUGGCCAUUUGAGCAUACAAGGUCCUAACAAACCAGUCUUUAUUGCUGAAACCCUAACCCAGAAAUCACAAAGAAUAUUCUUUCUCGCUCGAGCAUUCGCAAAGGAACAUGGAUUUGCUUUCUGUUGGACAUCGCGAGGAGCUAUUUAUGUUCGAAAGAGUGAAAACUUGCCCCAAAUAAGAAUUCAAGAUGAGGAAGAUCUGGAGAAGUUGAGGAAUAGUAUAUGA